UGACGUCAGGCGUAAACAAGGAUCAGCUGGUGGUCGGUAUGUGCCGCAGGAGGAACUCUUCCCCUUAAUUACACCUACCAUAAGCAGUAUGGUUAGCAAGACGGUGCCUUCUUAAGCGCAUAUCGCACUCCACACUGGCUGUAAGACCCUUCCGAGAGGUUACUUGAGGAAAAUGUCUGUCAGACGGUUGUUGAGGUCGUUGCCGAUGCGGAGGCAGACUGUGGUGGGAGCGCUGGUGGUGGCCACCGUCCUCUUCAUAGUCUACCAGUUUACCUUCGUCGCUGAGCUGAGUGAGUCUAACAAGCCUCGUCAGCAUCACCCAAACUCGCUCAAGCGGCACGUUGACAAGACAGACUCGACUAAGCAGAAAUCCCUCGGUAAAUAUAAGUUGCACCCGAAAGAUGUUCAGGUGCUGAAGACUGACGGUGAGAGCAAGAAGUCCAUGAAGGGCGAGAGUGGGUCUGUGCUCAAGGAGCAGCAGCCACCACCAGCCAGGAACACUGGCAAGACUAAAGGUGUCUCGAACCCUGACGACCUAGUACACUCCCAGGGCAAGAAGGGUGCGGGGUCACAGGCGGGUUUGAGGACAACGUUUAAGUGCGUUACGUCGGGAAAAGUGAUUUCGCAGAGUAAAGUAAACGAUGACUAUUGUGACUGCCCAGAAGAUGGCUCUGAUGAACCAAGAACAAAUGCCUGUGUUAAUGGGAAGUUCUCGUGCCUCAAAUUUAUAAAAGCCUUCCCAGAAUCAAUUCCCUCGGCAUGGGUGAACGAUGGUGUUUGUGACUGCUGUGACGGGUCAGAUGAAUGGAAGAUGAGGAAGGUUGAAUCGGCCCUUCCUCUGCAGCUGCAGGAGAAGGUUGGACGUUACUUGUCGCCGUGUCCAGAUCGCUGCCCAGAAAAACAGAAUAAGGCUCUGAACUAACCGAUGCAGCCAUCAUGACCCAACUAGCAGAAAAACUAAGUAAAAAAAUCUUCAUGAUGCCCAGGAAGCCUGGAGCCACCAAAUGUGAGACAAACACACAGCUAACACGCAGUCUUAGCUUGAUGAGGGUGAAGGGAGUGUUGAUAGCCCAUGAAAAUGAGAGAACAAUUCUUCCCUAAGUAAAAAUUCAGUUAAAGGUGCUGGGCUCUGUCUCUACACAAGUUUGUGUCAUCAAAGUACCUCCCACCAGUGGGAGGUACUGAGAGAACCUGCCUAAAAAUAUUCUGAAGUUUAAAUUCAUUAAAUUUACAUUAUAAACUGUAUACAGUAUUAGAAUUGAGCAAUAUCAUAUAAACAUGAUUUUAAAUAAUGCUACCAACUGCUGUCACGUUAUUUCUACUUUAUUGGUUUUGUCAUACAAUACUGCUUUGAUAUUGCUCUUAUAUAAUAAUUUUAAAUUACCUGAUGGUCACCAUAUAAUGCUUGCAACAGCGUCAGGAAGGUUCUAUUUAUCCUAAUAAUUUGUUCAAGCUAUAUUUUGAACUGUAACACUCUUAAACUGUUGAGAGUUUAUUGUACUCUGGAUACAAAAUCAGCAUUGAAUAUAAUGAAAUUCCUCUUUCUGGAUGAGCCCCAGUGACUCCCUCACUGAGAUGGCUCCCAACAGCUAGGUCACAUCAGCCAGAGUUCUGUUUGACUACCAGUGGACCAGGCCCUCCUCACAGAGGCAGAGAGAGUAGGUGAACCACCACCCCACUAUGAAAACAUUCAGAAAGUCAUCCAACCAAUACAAACCACUGCUAGGUCCAAAGAGACUAAAACCUCAAAACUGUCAAACUCCCCAAACAAUGUAAACAAAUCUCUCAAACUUAGCACGAGUUCAUAACCCUCCCACCCCACCCCCUCUGCCAAUAGGGGAGGGGGGGACCUGGAGUUUCAACGGUGGCGAGGUAAUAUCAACACAAGCAAUAGUGUCUCUGCCAAGUCCACACAACACAAAGUGGACAAAAAAACAUGUCCAUGAAGCUAAAAUACAGAAUAAAUACCAAGCAAAUUGUCCCCCAGCAGGACAAAGUCCAAGGAUGGCUGGUAAUUAGCCGAGACGUAGCGGGACCUGCGUGGCUAGUUGACGACUAGGGAACCCUACAGUGGACAAGUGAUGGUGUCCACAUCAGCGACGGAACUAACUUUGAAUUCUGAGGCAGACAUUGCUCUACCCCCUCACCCCCCUACUGGCAGAGAUUAGUGCUUAUGUGCUGGUGCUAGUUUCCAGAUUGGAUCGUUUGUUUACAUUGUUUGGAGAGUUAAUUCAGCAGUUUCAAUGCUUUGGUCUUUUUUUUUUUUUGAACCCAGAAGUAGUCUGCAUUGGAACGCUAACUACCUGGCUGCUUUCUCGGUGGGGUGGUGGAGCAUCACCCACUCUGCCUCUGUGAGGUGGGGCCAGGUUGUAGCUUGUAGGCCAAACAGAACUCAACAGCUGGUGUGACCUAAUAGUUGGUAGCCAUUUAUUUCUGUUAGAUAGCUUUAGGGAGCUAUCAUGGGCUUCCCAGAAAAGCAUCUCUUGUUGUCUGUCACAUUGAGGCUAGGUAUCUUAAAACUUAAUGUAUUGCUUCUGGUGUGAGCCAAGCUGUACCUUUUUAAAGAAGUGAUUUUGAUUAUUGUCUUCUAGGUUAUUUUGUGUAUAAAAGUUAACAUAGUUCAGGGAUAUUUUUCCAGGUGAAUGACAUAUUUUCGUAUCCAUGCUUGGAUACAAUAAUCCAGGAAAGGUACACAAAACAUUUUAAUAACAAGAUGACCAAUUUCUUUUAAGUCAAUGACUGCUGGACUAUUAUUUUGAGAUUCCAAUUUUUUCAAUAAGUUUCAAGGCUGUGCUAUUAAUAUGUAGUAUUGUACUGUACUGUCAUGUGCAAGGCAUUGAAAUAUUAACUAUGCCACUGAACCAUCAAAGAUAGUGGCCAUCAAGUAAGCACAACUGGAAUACAAUUAUCAACGGUAUCAUUUGCAAUGUUAACAAACAAGCAUUACAGUACCUCAAUA